AUGGGCAACGAGGAGUCUUCGCCCAUCGAUGAGUCCGCCCCAUCCCGGACGCUCGCCGGGCGGACUCUCGAUGCUCUGGCUGAGUACAUCAAGAGUGGCAAGGCGAAGAAGGUCGUAGUGAUGACUGGCGCCGGUAUCUCCACGAGCGCUGGGAUUCCUGACUUUCGAUCUCCGGACACCGGACUCUACGCCAACUUAGCACGGCUUAAUCUUCCCUACGCUGAAGCAGUGUUUGACAUCUCGUACUUCCGCAAGAACCCGGAGCCGUUCUACACGCUCGCGCAUGAGCUAUAUCCCGGGAAGUACAGGCCUACCAUCACACAUUCGUUCAUACGGCUUCUCCACGACAAAGGCAUGCUGCUAAAGCACUUUACGCAAAACAUCGACUGUCUGGAUCGCGAAGCUGGCGUACCUGGUGACAAGAUCGUUGAGGCUCAUGGCUCGUUUGCGCGACAGAGCUGUAUCGAGUGCAGUAUGCCUUAUCCAGAGGACGAGAUCAAGAAGCACAUCGAGGCUAAGUCAAUCCCUCGAUGUGAGAGCUGUAAGGGGCUGGUCAAGCCUGAGAUCGUCUUCUUCGGCGAGCAACUGCCGGCCGACUUCUUCAAGCAUCGGAUGUUGCCAGCAGAGGCGGACUUGGUCAUUGUGCUAGGGACUAGCCUGACUGUACAGCCUUUCGCGAGCCUGCCGAGCAUGAUCAGAGAGCACACGCCGCGACUGCUCAUCAACAAAGAGAGGGUAGGCGGCAUCGGCUCAGGAAGCGAUGAUGUCCUGCUGAUCGGCGAUUGCGAUGCUGGGGUGAGACAGCUUGCGGAGGCAUGCGGCUGGCUUGACGAGCUUGAAUCGUUAUGGGCGCAGACGGCGCCCACAACAGGUGGCGAUGCCGCUCGACCAGUCCAGGAGGCGGAGACGGAGAAGGGCAAGGACGAAGCGCUGGAGGACGAGAUCGACAAGCUAACCCAGGAGGUUGACGAGACGCUCAAUCUGUCCAAAUGGCACGAGGAGCGAGUGAGGAACGAGAAGCUACCUCGCGAGUCCUCAGGGGUUGUGAACACUACUGCAAAGGCUUUGGGUCCUAGCAUUUCGAAGCAGUACGAGGAGCUGGCGAAGAGCCAGGAGCCAAACGGGGAGUCUUCUGGACCUGCAACUUCAACGGAGUCAGGAACAAGAUCUCAGCAUGAAGACGCGAAGGGUAAUCUCAACCACGUCUUCGUCUCAAAGGCACAGGAUCCAGCCUCUUCGGAUACGCCGGUUAUUCCUCGAGAAGGUGGAGGGACAGACAGCGACAAGUAG